AUGACAAGCAUCCAACACCCCCAAUCAGUGACUACAGUCUUUCUAGACCAGCCACCCAGUUGUCUAGAGUUCUGCCCCGAGGCCCCAGACCAUUUCAUCGUGGGCACCUAUCUGCUAUCAGAGAACAAAACAGAAGAUGGAGAAAUCGAGCAGUCCAAAACUGGGAGUCUCCAACUAUGGAAAUUAGACCCUGUUAGCAAAUCAUUAUCCCAAAUCCAAAGAAUUGCUGUCCCAUACGCAGUGUUCGACCUGCACUUCCACCCAAGAAACAAAAACCUGUUCGCAAUUGCAAGCAGCGUGGGUUCAGUGUCUUUGUUCCAAGUAUCCACAACGAGAGACGCAUCCGCAAGCCCAAGCAUCACCCAACUAUGGACAAAGCAAGUACACGAAGACCCAUCAAUCCCGGCACUAUUCCUCGCCUGGGCACCGCAAAACUGGUUCCCCCAGGCAACAGCAGAUGGCUUCGCCGUCACAUUCUCAGAUAGCCGGACAGCCGUCUUCGGGACCGAGGGCGAUAUCUAUCAAGAAGAGAGUGUAGAAGAAUGGGGCACAUACGAAGCCAAGCAGAUGAUCGAAGUCUGGUUUGUUGCUUUGUCAACAAGCACAGAAACCCCAGAUACCGAGACGCAGAACCAGAACCCAGCUGCGAUCCCGUUCAUGUUCACGGGUAAUGACUUCGGCUCACUGCACACGCGCCGAUUUGAUAAUACCACCGAGUUGGAAGAUCCAGAUGAGCAUGUCCCGCCCAUGCUGCUCGAGCAUGAUGAUCGAGCUCGUCACCACACUGCUGGUGUCACUGCUAUCUUGCCUCUUGAUGUUCCCUUGGUUGAUGAUGCACCGGUUCUGCUGACGGGAUGCUAUGACGAGAGUCUUCGUGUGUAUCAUGCUACGCGGAAGGGAGAGGUUCUCGCUGAGCAGGGGCUGGAUGGUGGGGUUUGGCGACUGCAAUUGCUAAAUACAACGAGGAUUCCGGCCUCGGAUGGCCCGUCUAAUGUAUCUGAGUACCGCUUUUUGGUGCUGGCGAGCUGCAUGCAUGCUGGGACGAGGCUUGUACGGGUUACGUGCAAGCAGGAAGAUGAGGCUCCGAAUUGGGGGAUUGAGGUUCUGGCGAAGUUUACCGAACAUGAGAGUAUGAAUUAUGCCAGUGGUGUGUGGGAGGGUGGACAGGGAACGACUCAGUCUUCUAAGAUUUUGUGCGUCUCGAGCAGUUUCUAUGAUCGCAGGCUCUGUGUUUGGACUGUUGAUCUAUAG